UUGAUAUAUUUGAAAAAUUGUAGAAUAUCGGACAACGUACUUUUAUGUACAACCUAAUAUAGCGUAUUGUUAUUAGAUUUCUUGUAUUGAAAUAAUCGAUAAACGAUGUCUAAUUCGUAUAAAAAAAUUAAUAAAUUUAUAUCAGAUAUUUUUUAUAACGUUCAGUUCAACAAAACGUGCCAUCAGAAUUAUUUGAAGAAACUUAAAGCAUAUUAUCUCAAGGUGGAUCCAGAUGUAUUUAUAGAAUAUUUUAUACUCUGCCUCAUGGUUCCCUUGACUAGAAGUGAAAUCCAUCCUCAUGUUGAAAAUACAUUAGGGUUUGCUGCAAAAUUUGCUGUUAAUUUACAGAGUUCUAAAGGCGAUGAAUCUGAUGAAGAUAUGUGUCCAUUUCUUCUAAAGCUAUUUGAUUUUCUCCUUGAUCAUCAUAACUCAAAGGAUACAGCAGUUCGAUAUCGUGUUUGCUACUUUGUCAAUAUGCUACUGAAUGGAAUGGGGGAAAACGCUUUCUUAGAAGAUGUCCUUUGUGAUAAAAUAAGUGCGAAUAUGAUGGAGCGCUUACUGGAUAAAUCACCAAAAGUUCGAGCACAAGCAGUGUUUGCUCUUCACAGAUUGCAGGAUCCAGCUGACGAGCAGUGUCCAAUUAUCAAGAUGUUUAUAUUUCAUUUAUCCAAGGACCCACAUGCUGAAGUUCGUAAGGCUGUGUUAACAAAUAUGGGCAAAAGUCAGAAAACCUUACAAGCUGCUUUAAAAAGAACUAGAGAUAUCAAUGACACAGUCCGAAAAAUAGCAUACAUAUUUAUUAGUAAGAUCACUGUAAGAUCAUUGACCAUCAAACAGAGAGAACAAUUACUUAGUGACGGUUUAAAAGACAGAUCUGAGAUAGUCAGAGACAGUGUAAAAAAAGUACUAUUGCCAUCCUGGCUUCAGCACUUUCAAGGAGACUACGUUAAUCUCUUACGAGCACUGGAUGCUGAAAACGCUAUGGAAACUGGAAUUUUAGUAUUAAAUACUCUAUUUCAAGCCGAUCAAUUAAGAAACCUGAUGGCUCAGAUACCAAUAGAUCCGGAUACUAAGCUUAUCCCCCACGAGAAGCUCCAGAGUGAAAUUGUUUUAUACUGGCGAUGCCUGGUGGACUAUCUUCGUCGCUCUUCAUACACGGAUGAGCUUGAGGAAUUUUUACCAGAGUUAUCAAUAUUUUGUACAUAUAUUCGAGAAUAUCUUGCAUUAUUGAGCAGUAAGGAGUAUCAACCAUGGGAGCAGCUAACGCAGAAGAUAAUUCUGAAUCAAUUAUUUGAAAUUGCCAAGAUUUACGAUCUGUCUGAUGAGAGUGGACGAGCAAACUUGAAGCAACUGAUUUUUGACGCAUUAAUGACAGAGCAUUGUAGCCAGCAAGUAACAGAAUCAAUUGUUAAAUAUUUAGAAGUUAUCAUACCAGAUGUGGACAGUAGGCUAAACUCUUUGACACACAUAAUAAGUGAAUUGCGAAUGCCAUUAAAGCAGCAAGUAACAACACAAAUAUCAGAGGAGGAAUUGCACACGAUCAACAUGAAGAGAGCCAAAUUAAAAGUGAAAUUGAUAGAAGUAAAUGAAGAAGAAUAUGAGGCGAUCCAUGAGAAGGACUAUAUGAGGGCGGCAGCCCUGAAGGAACAGAUUGAAGACAUAAAUAGGCAAAUCAAUGAACUCCCAACAGGAGCAAUAGAAACCACGAACGAACCGGUUUGCGAGGAGAAGAAUGACAGGGAGACAAUGAUUAUGUGUCUUGGGAUCAUGUGCGCCAUGAUGGAAGUACCAUCAGUCACAACUUUGACACCAAACCUAAGAACACUCAUGACAGAUAUGGCAUUGCCAAGUUUUGACCAUGCCGAUGAUACCGUUCAUCUACUCGCUCUGAAAGCGGUGGCCAUUUGCUGCUUGCUGGACAAGGAACUUGCCAAGAAACACAUUAUGAUGUUCUUCCUGCAAUUCUCUAUCGAGCAGGAUAACCAGGAUAUAUGGAUUAUGGCGCUCAAGUCCAUCUUCGAUUUGCUCUUAUUCUAUGGCAUGGAAUACUUUGACAUAAUGCAAAACGAGGAGGAGAAUGUGUCUUCGAACAAAUCGAAGAAUCGUACAGUUAAAUUAUACUCGAACACAGACGACACUUUAAUACCUGAAUCCACAGUGUCCGAGACGGAGAAUAAUUAUUUGAAUAUUAUUAAGAUUUUGACUGGCCUCUUGGACAAUGCAAAUCAAGACUUGCGAACUAUCGCGACAGAAGGUCUGUGCAAGCUGUUACUUAACCGAAGGAUUAGUAGCGCAACUCUGUUGUCGCGACUGAUCAUCCUCUGGCACAAUCCCAUCACGGAAGGUGAUAUCUACCUGCGCCAGUGUCUCUGUAGCUUCUUUAACAGUUUCGUCGUACACAUUCCUGAUUGCCAGGAAAUGCUGGAGCAGGCGUUCCUGCCAACCCUACAGACAUUGGCCAAUGCACCGGACACCAGUCCGUUGCAGGAAAUCAAUCCCCACGCGGUGGCCAAACUUAUUCUUAGCUGGACGAAACCUGGCAUACAGAAAAUCAGUACACAGACCUACUAUCCACAUAAGAAUCUCACAUAUGCCAUCUUGGCGGAAAUUCUUAAGCUUGACAGCGAUAUUGAUCAAGAUGUAUUAAUCAAGUCCUUGAAAUAUUUAGAGCUUUCUGCGGAAGAGAGAACCGAUAAGGAUAUUCGUGAGGCCGUGGAUAACGUCAUGAAAAUGAUACAGCAGACUGAUAAGCGCUUAAUGAAAUUUGUUCAACAAUUUCGUAUGUCUUUAUACGAGCCAAACGUUGAUCAAGAUCAUCAGACUCAAGAGAACUCAGAGAACGACACCGACGAUGAACAAAUGGGUGAAUGUAUUAAUUAAAAAAGAAAACUAAUAUGUUGACAAAUUAAAAGGUCACGUAUCUGAAAACCAGUUUAAGACGGACAACACGAUGAAUUUGCACGGUCCGAUAAGCAAUUUCUAGAUAUACUUAGUAUGAAACUUUAGUGUAUCAAUAUGAAUAAAAAUUCUUUUACAUUGCUCCUGUA